AUGGCGAGGCGCGUUACUGCGCGGUGCCCCGGUUGAGGAAGUGCAGCGGGUGCCUGUGCCCAGCGCUCCCCCGUCCGGUUCCGCCUCCCGGGAUGUGCUGAGGGCGCGUCCGCCGCCCCUCCCAGGCGUGAAUGACAGAGGAGGUGCCCCCGACUGCACUGACGGAUGUGAACCUGCGCCUGCUGUGCCACGAUGACAUAGACACAGUGAAACAGCUCUGUGGAGACUGGUUCCCAAUAGAGUACCCUGACUCAUGGUACCGAGAUAUCACUUCCAACAAGAAGUUCUUUUCCCUCGCAGCCACGUACAGAGGCUCCAUCGUGGGGAUGAUAGUGGCAGAGAUCAAGAGCAGGACAAAGGUGCACAAGGAGGAUGGAGAUAUCCUAGCUUCCAAUUUUCCUGUGGACACUCAAGUUGCUUACAUCCUAAGUCUUGGAGUGGUGAAGGAGUUCAGAAAACAUGGAAUAGGUUCCCUCUUGCUUGAGAGUCUGAAAGAUCACAUCUCCAGCACUGCCCAGGACCACUGCAAAGCCAUCUACCUGCACGUGCUCACCACCAACAACACAGCAAUAAACUUCUAUGAAAACAGAGACUUUAAACAGCACCACUAUCUCCCCUAUUACUAUUCCAUCCGAGGGGUCCUCAAAGAUGGCUUCACCUAUGUCCUGUACAUCAACGGUGGGCACCCACCCUGGACAAUCUUUGACUACCUACAGCACAUUGGCUCCACACUAGCCAGCCUGAGCCCGUGCUCCAUUCCCCAGAGGAUAUACAGACAAGCUCAGAGCCUCCUCUGCAGCCUCCUGCCCUGGUCUGGCAUUUCUGCCAAGAGCAGCAUCGAGUACAGCCGGACAAUGUGACCGACUGGGGGUGCACAGGAAGCACAG